UUCUGAUAGAAGCAGUAACAGAAAAAAAUUUAAGCAGGCAUUUACAGCUCAUAAAUAUAAUAUUUACACACACACACACAAAAUUAUAGAAAUUUCCAUAAAUAUUAAAUAUAUUAUCAUAGAUUUUUUGAAGAAAAAUGAAUAGUAAGAUUAGAGGAUCAUUAAAGUUAAAAGUGCCUUGGGGUUAUGUAGAUGCUAAAACAUGGGGCAAUCCACAGAAAACUCAUAUUCUAGUGGUGCAUGGAAUUAUGGAUAAUGCUGGAGCAUUUGACAGAUUGAUAGCUCAAUUGCCAGAAAACUUUUACUAUGUUUGUAUUGAUUUACCAGGACAUGGUUUAUCUUCUCAUUUUCCAUCAGGAUUAUUGCUCAGUUACUUCUCAUUCGUACUUACGAUAAGAUAUGUAUUAGAUGAAUUGAAAUGGGAUCAAACAUAUUACAUGGGACAUAGCUUUGGAGCUCAUUUAGGAGUAUUAUUUAGUAUAAUUUAUCCACAUAGAAUACAGAAAUUAAUUUUAAUUGAUGGUAUUAUUGCAGUACCUUAUUCUAAUAAAGACUUAAUCAAUUAUAUUAAGGAUGAAAAUAACUUAGUCAUUGAAGAGUCAAAAUCAAACAAUCCUCGUCUGUAUACAGAGGAGGAAGUUAUUUAUGCACUUUCUUAUUUAAGAAACUGCUGCCUAAAUACUGAAGCAGCUAAAGCAUUAUUCGAAAGAGCUGCGACUAAAGUAAAUGACAAAUAUUAUUAUAAUAGAGACAUUAGAACAAAAUUAACUAUUAAUUCCUUAUUUAAUAUUGAUCAAACUUUUUAUGUAACUGCUCAAAUUAAAGUACACACUUUGUUAAUAUUUGCAUCAAGUUCAUUACCUAAUCUCAUGUCUUUUAGGGAGAAAUUAAAAAGUGUAUUAAACAAUAAAAAGAACAUUACUAUCAUUGAAGUUGAAGGAAAUCAUGAUGUACAUAACAAUUAUCCUGAAAGGAUUUCAAGAUAUAUCUCCCAAUUUUUUAACUUAUUUCUCCACAAAUUGUGAUAAAUAAAACAGGUUAUAGUUUCUAUUUUUGUUAUUCAAGAUUUUACCAGUGUUUAUAGCAGGUAUGAUUUGAAUUAUAAGAAACAUUUUGUAACAUAUAUUUUUUGGAAAUAUAUACUCUUGUUAUA